CAGCAGGGGAACAUGACGGACAAACUCUACACGGCGUCGUACGGACUGACCAAGGACGGGAGGUACGGGGCGGAGUUGCUCGCGUACCGAAGGUUGGUCGAGGGCAUCGCUCGCUAUUCAUUAAAGGCGCCGGCGGAGCCUGUUGUGUUACUAACGUCGCAACGGGCCGUCGUGACGCCGGGCGGGGCCUCGGUGCUCGACGAGGCGCUCACGUACCUCGAGUCGGGUAGAGCGGGCGGCUGGGACGCGCUCUACGCGGGCCACUGCGGCGAGUGCGGCUGGUGGACGCCGCCCUUCGAGAAGCUGUCGAGCGCGGCCUUUCAACUCGGAGGUGGCCUAGAUAAUGAUAAGGUGGGCAAGGAGCACUUUCUGGCGAGAAGGUCGAGAGAUGUGGGGUGUGGUACGUUACUCUCGAGGCAGCGGGACCAGUUGCGAGGCGCGAAGCACGUCAACGACCCGAAGGUAGUAUCCCUACCGAAGGUGAGCAAGGGGUCCGAUCCUGCCGAAGUAGCGAAGGCCGUGAGGAGGCGCGUCGUCCAGUCGUUGGGUGGGGACACGGCGGUCCUCGCGACGGCCGUCGACCCGCGCUGCGCUUUUGCGGUUGUGCUGCGCUACACGUCGCGCGUGGCGCGGUUGUUACAUACCGCAGUGUCCGGCGACGGUCUCUACAAGGCGGUGCUCGAGCCCAAGUUCGACCUCACGCUGGCUAGGAUGGCCUCCGAACGGUCGCUCCGGACCUUCGUCGUGUGGCCGCCGGUCGUCCACCUACAGCGCGACGACGACGACACGCCGACGGACGGCUACGGGGGCAACUCCUCGCGCUUCAUCGAGGCGUAUCUGGGCAUGGACGAGCGCUGA